AUGAAGAUCCGGAACCUUCUCAUCAGGCUGGUCGAUGUACCGACAUCAACCAAAGUUUUCCAUAUGACUCCUCUCCUCGUGAUGGCUUAUUUCUACACCUACCUAAAUCUCAAAUUACAGGUUGACAAAUAUUUCGCGGUGGAUCCCAGCUGGAUGAUGUCCCUAGUAUUCUUCACUCACGGUGCUUCCUAUCCGGACCAGACCAUAAACAAUUAUUUCAAUGGAAAAGUGCCGAUACAGCUUCAACGCAAGUAUCAUAUCAGCCAACUGACCCCGAAUGGCAAGCAGCAGAUGCGGCUCCUCGGAGAACAUCUGAGGAAAAACUACAACCCGAAUUGUUUGGAAGCAGCGUCAUUCGUAUCCCCCGUGAAAAGAUGCAAUGACAGCAUUUUCUACCUGUACCAGGGGCUCUUCAACUCUACGAAUAUACCUCUAGAAUCCCAGAUCACACUGCCAGCUGGAGACGACCUCAUCGAUCAGAGAUCGCUGAUUGCCAACAUGGGGUCCAUACUGAAUCGUAUGGUGCAUUACCCGGCUAGAAUCGUGAAUGGAUACCUUCAAGACAUCAUACGCGACACGGAAACCACACAAAACCGUCUGAAACCCGACACAGUUGUGGUCGAUGUUUUGCUUUCGGCUCUCGCGGACGGCCAGAAAUUAGACUCGAGGCUGGCCAACACGUCCAGGUCUUUGCUGAAGGACAUGAAGAAAGCUAUUCUGACGUCGCAGAUAAAAGGAUUCCAAAAAGAUCUCGUCGCACCAAUUUUCAGCGACCUGAAAUGGCGUCUCCAGAACAUCACGGAUACAGAAGCGGUUCCCAAAGUCAAUUUGCUCCUGCUUUGUCUGACCCCCUUGCAAUUAGCUGCAGCUUUCAAGAGCUUCAUCAGGAACGAAUUUUCAUUCACAAAUGUCUAUGGGGACGCUUUCGAGUUUAAGAUAUUCAGCGGAGGGCGUGUUGUGAUGAAUUCGCUGUCGUGGACUUACUCCGAAACUGAUUCGACGUAUACUUAUCGGACCCGGAAAAGUUGGAACCAGCUGACACUCGACGAGUUUUUGGACAACAUCGCCGAGUUCACCCCCUCAUCACCGAGCUUGACGGCCCAAGGGGCUGCGAGCAACGUUCCGAGCAACAACACGAGCAGCAUCAAGAAUGGCAAUAAUUUGGGCGGCCUGAGUGGCAAAAAUAAAACGGGUCUGCUCUAA